UAGAAUCUCACAAGUUCACAUGCGAUGUUGUGACUUUCCAUUAUUGUUUUCAAUACGUAUCGAGCAAUAUCGAAAGGUCGGAAGGGGCGAUCAUCAUUAAGGACAAAAUGUCUUCAGGGACUAGCUUUUCCCUACGUCGUGGUCACCUAGACAAUAGCCGGGUCAACCUUCAACACUACCUCUGGGUAAAACAAUUCGGCUAUCUUCUUCAUCCUGAUAUUCCCACGGAGAAGAAGGAUAUGCGAAUCGCGGACAUUGGCACCGCGACGGGGAUUUGGCUGAUCGAUCUGGCGGAGACACUGCCUCCAUCGGUCCAACUCGACGGAUUCGACAUCACGCUCGACGCUACACCACCAUCCAAAUGGCUACCUUCCAACGUGACGCUCCAGCACUGGGAUGCCCGCACCGAGCCUCCACGCGAAUGGAUCGGCACGUACGACGUCGUGCAUAUCCGACUGUUCGCCAUCGCUUUUGACGAGCGCGAAGCCGUCUCUAUGCUGAGCAGAUUAAGAAAGCUUUUGAAACCAGGCGGCUAUCUCCAAUGGGCCGAAGUCGACAUGUCAUCCUGCAGCAUCGAAAGAACACACCCAUCCAACAAAGCCGACCCCAUUACCGAGCUCCUGAGCCACAGUAACAAAGAAUACACUACAGAAGAUUGGACCUGGUGCCCCAAGCUCCCGGACUUGUUCAUCCGGGAAGGAUUCGAAAAUAUCCGGCAAGAUGUGCGAGAUACGCCACCGCACCUGCUAGCUCCAACUGAUGAAUGUAGCCUCUUUCUCUUGGACUCGUGGGUACGUAGGAUGAUGAAUGGCACAGGACAGGGAGCCAAAUACAGGGCCUUGAUGCAGCAGGUCGAGAGGGAGGCUAGUCAGGGAUCUGUCUGGAAGUUCACACGGUGGACUGUGGUGGGCAGAAAACCUUUCAAAGACGUUGGUGGUGAAGGAUUGGAGACAACUCCAGUUGACAGGGAUGCUCAUCCAGGUGGGCACUUGUUUUUUCCAUAUUAACGUUUCUUUGUUUCUUUGUGAUCGGGAAUCAACUCGCGAUCCUCCGGGAUUUGCACUCAUU